UUUUCCUCAUCAUAUUAUCAACUGUCCCAAAAUAUUAACAAUAAAUACUCUCACUAGACAAUCAUCCUCUGCUGUCACCACACAACACAACCAAAGAGUACUUACUACUCUCUAAUCUCCGAUCAAACGACGUCUUCUCUUCUCUCUCUCUUCUCUGAAUGGGUAAUUGCUGCGUCGGCUCCGGUACCACAGAUCGGGAAAACGAGAACGUUUCCGACAAGAACACAACCAUUGUUGAAGAAGAGACAGUAGUCAAAGAAGUCUUGUCUGAGACAACCUUGUUCACUCCUUCCUCUAGUUUCCACUCUUCGACGAUCAAAGAUCCGGUGAAGAAGAAGAUCCGAGAAGAUGAGGAGAAGAAACCCGGUUUCUUGAAAAUGGCCUCAAACCCGGUUAUGAUUCGACCCGGUUCGGUUGACCCGGAAGAAGGAUCGGAGGUUUCGGAGAUUUGUAGCUUGAGCUUGAGUGAGAGUGUGUCUUCAACGGUUGUGAUGAAUGGUUACGAUGAGGAAGAUGUGAUGAUGAAACAGAGGAAAUCUCAGAGAUCUCCGGCGAAAACUCGGACCCGGGUCACGGGUAAUAAUUAUCCGACCCGGAGAACUGAUCAAUCUCCACGUAAGAGAAACAACGGUACGUGUAAUGGAGCGAGAUACGGGUCGGGUGUGAGAGACCCGGGUGAGAGAUCCGGAAGAAGGUCGAGAUCGCCGGCGACGAAUAGAUCGGUGAUGGAUUCGAAUCAGAGUAGUCGGGUGGGUGGGGCAAAGACUAGGAAGAAUAAUCAGUCUCCGGGUCGGGUCAGGCUAGAUCCGAAUAAAAACGGUUUGGAUCAGCAGCAUCAGAAUUACGGUUAUACCACUGAGGAAUUGUUAGAGAACCCGCUUGUUUCGUUAGAGUGUUUCAUAUUUCUCUGAAAAAAGGAAUAUUUCGAUGGGAAAAAUAUUUUCUCAUUUUGACGUUGGAUUUGUAAUUCGUAAAGCUACUUACUUAAUUACGUACCUCUGUAAUUCAUUUCUGUUAUAUUUUUGUGCUGAUUAUAAAUUGUAAUUUCGGUUGAAUGAUGUAAUGUUCAUUUUUUUUUUGUCA